AUCCCCUCGACAUGUGUACCCGAGAAUAUGCGGCCCACUCUUUUCCUGGGCCUUUGUCAUUUGCCAGGCACCCCCUCCCCCAAUUCUCCUCCUCUGCAAGGAAUGCUCACCCCCUAACCUCAAUGUGACAGAGGGCCCAGACGCUCAGCAUCACUAGGGCUAGCAAGUAUCCUACCUGAUGUAGUACCUGGCUCAGUUACCAUUGGAGCAACAUCAGACUUGACUUGAGAUAAGUUGUGCUGAACUCUGAUAAAGAACCACAUCUCUAAACUACAAUACUUCAAUUGUCGUGCAAUGAGUCUCCAAUUUGGUAUAGCGUUCAGAUUAUAUUGUGUUUCAUGGUGCAUUUUGUCUUUUGUAAGUUGUGUAUAUGCAGUGUAGUUCCACAACGAGGCGACUUUUCAACACAAAGCCACAGUCACAAAUAUGCUGUUAUUGUUGUUGGAUUUCAUUAAUCAGGGAUAGACUGGUCUACACUUUUUCAAAAUGCUAAAGUAUAGUCCGUGUAGGACCUUUGCUUUCUUUAAUUUACGUCAGACAUGCUCUGCUCGUUAUUUCUGUAAGAAUUGCAAGAUUUUCCUUCCAAUGAUCGCUGGUGGUCCUGCAGUUCAUUGUACAGUAACAUACAUGGCAUGCAUCUUCUGGUUAAAGGGGCGGGAUGGAUGCACGUUGGCUUAUGUUAGGCAGCCAAUGAGCGGAGCUCCUGUCCGAGCAGCGUGCUCACAGCCUCCCUUUCCUGUUGAAUAUUUCAGCCCAUGCGUCACAGCUCCUCCGCCCCUUUCUCCCAUCUGCCAUUUUGGUUUUGUUCCCGUAUGCAGUCGCAAAGCCAGCAACGCAAUUACAUAGACGAGACUCUCAGCACAACGACAUAGUGACUCGACAGUAUACCGCAGACCCUCCUAAUCCUACACCGCGUUUCUUUUCUUUGUUCGAAUCGUCCAAAUUACAACCAUCGAUUUUACUGACAUCUAGAUACUGCGGGAGAGGAGCGGGUUCGCAUUGGGAAGGGACCGAGAAGGAUUAUUGAUGUCCAGCUCGCCGCUGUCCAAGAAGCGUCGCUUGUCAGGAACAGAGACGAAGACGGGAUCCCAUUGCUCCUCAUCCAACUCUGUCAGAACUGAUCUGUCCCAUACACCUGCCAACGGCAUGGCUAAGAAUGGCAAUGAUGCUGAGAUCGAUGAAGGCCUGUACUCCAGACAGCUUUACGUGUUGGGCCAUGCUGCGAUGAAGCGCAUGCAGAACUCCAAUGUCCUUAUCUCUGGUAUGAGAGGUCUUGGAGUAGAGAUUGCCAAGAACGUAAUCCUUGCAGGAGUGAGGAGUGUCACUGUGCAUGACCAAGGAGUUGCAGAAUGGAGAGACCUCGCCUCUCAGUUUUACCUGCGGGAGGCAGACCUUGGGAAGAACAGGGCAGAGGUGAGUCGGCUGCGUUUGGCUGAGCUCAACAACUACGUUCCUGUGACUGCCUUCACCGAAACACUCACUGGAGACUUCAUGACCGAUUUCCAGGUCGUAGUGCUGACUGACUCAAAUAUAGAAGAGCAGCAGCAACUGGGAGAGUUCUGCCACGCCAAAGGGAUCAAGCUGGUCAUCGCAGACACACGUGGCCUGUUUGGCCAGCUUUUCUGUGACUUUGGUGAGGAGAUGUCAGUGUUAGACACCAAUGGAGAACAGCCACUUAGUUCCAUGAUUUCUAUGAUCACCAAGGACAAUCAAGCGGUUGUGACAUGUCUGGAUGAGACUCGCCAUGGCUUUGAGAGCGGAGACUACGUCACCUUCACAGAGGUUCAGGGUAUGACGGAGCUCAAUGGCUGCUCGCCAGUGGAAAUUAAAGUUCUGGGACCCUAUACCUUCAGCAUCUGUGACACAACUGGCUUCAUGGAUUACAUAAGAGGAGGAAUCGUCUCCCAGGUCAAGAUGCCCAAGAAGAUUGCUUUUAAAUCCUUCUCUUCUUCCAUGGCUGAGCCUGAGUUUGUGCUGACAGACUUUGCCAAGUUUGAUCGCCCAGGACAGCUGCAUGUGGGCUUCCAGGCUGUCCACGCCUUCCAGAAGAAACACAACCACCUUCCUGCACCCUGGAGCAAGGCUGAUGGUGAGGAGUUCUUGACAUUGGCCAAGGAGGUCAACGCUGCUCAGACGGGGUCAGCUAAAGUGGAGCAGCUGGACGAAGCUCUUAUCAAAAAGCUGUCGUUUGUCGCUGCUGGUGACCUGGCCCCUCUCAAUGCCUUCAUCGGAGGUCUGGCUGCACAGGAAGUGAUGAAGGCGUGCACAGGAAAGUUUAUGCCUCUUAUGCAGUGGCUGUACUUUGAUGCCCUGGAGUGCCUGCCUGAACAGGAAGGAGGAGCCGAGCUCACAGAGGAAGAGUGUGCCCCUAGGAACUGCCGAUAUGACGGGCAGAUUGCAGUGUUCGGCACCAAGCUGCAGGAGAUGCUUGGCAAACAGCGCUACUUCCUGGUUGGAGCCGGUGCCAUUGGCUGUGAGCUGUUGAAAAACUUUGCCAUGAUUGGACUGGCAUGCGGGAAGGGCGAGGUCAUUGUGACGGACAUGGACACCAUCGAGAAAUCCAACCUCAACAGACAGUUCCUCUUCAGACCCUCCGACGUUACGAAAAUGAAGAGUGACACAGCUGCAGCUGCAGUGAAGCAGAUGAACCCCUCCAUCAGGAUCACAGGCCACCAGAACAGAGUUGGCCCCGACACAGAGAGGGUCUACGACGACGACUUCUUUGAGAGCCUUGAUGGCGUGACAAAUGCACUGGACAAUGUUGACGCACGUAUGUACAUGGAUCGGAGGUGUGUGUACUACCGCAAACCCCUACUGGAGUCCGGUACUUUGGGUACCAAAGGCAAUGUGCAGGUCGUGAUCCCCUUCCUCACAGAGUCGUACAGCUCCAGCCAAGACCCACCUGAGAAGUCCAUCCCCAUCUGCACCCUCAAGAACUUCCCAAAUGCCAUUGAACACACACUGCAGUGGGCCCGCGAUGAGUUCGAGGGACUAUUCAAACAGCCAGCGGAGAACUCCAUACAGUACCUCUCAGAUCCUAAAUUCAUGGAGCGUACUCUGAAGCUCCCCGGAGCUCAGCCUGUGGAGGUGCUGGAGGCCGUUUACAAGAGCCUCGUCACAGACUGCCCCCACAGCUGGGCCGACUGCGUCGCCUGGGCACGCAACCACUGGCAGUGCCAAUACAGCAACAACAUCCGCCAGCUCCUGCACAACUUCCCCCCCGAGCAGCUCACCAGCUCUGGUGCCCCCUUCUGGUCCGGCCCCAAGAGGUGCCCUCACGGCCUAGACUUCAGCACUAGCAAUGAGCUGCACCUGGAUUAUGUAGUGGCAGCAGCCAACCUGUUCGCCCAAUCAUACGGCUUGAAAGGCAGCGCUGAUCGUGCAGGUGUGAUCAAGAUCUUGCAGGAUGUCAAAGUGACCCCCUUCACUCCCCGUUCAGGGGUUAAAAUCCACGUCUCUGAUCAGGAGCUGCAGAACAGCAAUUCCUCUGUUGGUAAGAUGCACACAUAUGACUCCAGACUGGACGACCUGAAGGUCCAGCUGCCUUCCCCCGAGGCUUCCACGUUCAAACUGUGCGCUGUUGACUUUGAGAAGGAUGAUGACACCAACUUCCACAUGGACUUCAUCGUAGCAUCAUCCAACCUGAGAGCAGAGAACUACGACAUUCCCCCUGCAGACAGACACAAGAGCAAACUGAUCGCUGGCAAGAUCAUUCCUGCCAUCGCCACGACCACGGCAGCUGUGGUCGGCCUGGUGUGCCUAGAGCUCAUCAAGAUUAUCCAAGGACACAAGAAGCUGGAAUCAUUCAAGAAUGGCUUCAUGAACUUGGCUCUGCCUUUCUUCGCCUUCUCUGAGCCCAUCGCUGCUCCCUCACACAAGGUAGGCACUGCAUGUUUGGUUUGCCUUUCUGUACUCAAUAUGUAAAGUGGCAUCUUUGAA